AUGACAACAACGAUAACACCGGCGACAACGGCGACGACGACAACGACAACGACGACAACGACGAUGACAAUGACACAAUUGCAAGCGCUAUACAAACGACAACGUGAUGAUGAUGAUGAUGAUGAUAAUAAUAAUAUUGAUGGCUAUGGCAAUGGUAAUUGUACCAGUGAUAUUGGUAAAGAUAAUAGCAUUAAUGAUAUAUUAUUGAUAAUGAUGAUGAUGGCAGUACUGUGGAUGUUAACGUGGUAUGAUGAUUGUAAUGAUGACGAUGAUAAUGAUGAUAGUGAUAGUGAUAGUGAUGGCAGUAUUGGCGAUGAUAAUGAUAUAUUCGAUCGAGAGGAAAUGUUUGUGGAUCAUUUUAAAGAAUGA